GCGAGAUCAAUUCCAGAACGGAAAGGAUCAAGAUGAAUUUCUUCAACAUUUUACUUGCCUUUGGUAAGUUAACUCCCCUUUGGAAACAACUUUCGAAGUGCCGUGAUCGUGUUGCGCUUUUAACUGCAAAGCAGUCGCAGGUUUGGCAUAUAAUUCAAACACCGAGAGGCUAUAUUUGCGUGCAAGCCUGUAGAGCAUAUUUACAUUCAAAUUUUCAAUAUGAUCUGAAUUGUUUCAUCCAAAUAAGUAACCAUGUUGCCCUCUAUACAGUCUUUCCGAUGAUUUCAUCAGUUUUGAUGGCUUCUUUUCUAGCUUUUUCCAUCGAUCUUUCAGUUUUCUUUAGCAGAAUGUGUAUAAUGUUCGUCGCCCUGAAGCGUUGUAGGUUUACCUAACUCGAUCGUUGCGUAUUUCACUCAAUGUAGGCAAAGUUCCUGUUGUCGAUCCACCAGAAUUUCAACAUUUUUCUUUGUUGUUGAUAACUUUCUGAGACCUUUUUUAGAGGAAUCGAGAUUUCGCAAAUCGGAGAAAUUCUUCUCCUUUGUUUUUGGUAAGUGAUGUCAAAGGAACGAAUCUUAAACUCAGAUGGUUUGGAGAAUCAUUUCGCUCGUUUUUACCUCAAGUUAUUUUGAACACGUAUGUACUUAAUUUUCUACAAAAUGUCACUAUCAUCGAUCUUUAAAUUGCUGGUGAAAUCAACUGAAGUAAUGAUAUCUUUGAAAAGCGUCGUCGAGUAUCUUUUUUCCAAGAAUCCUCGGGCGUCACUUCUUUCCGCGAAAAAUAAAAACGAAAAAUAGCGUCUUGUACACCUGAUGGUGGAUUUCUUUUCAGUCUGUGUUCCUGGCAGCAACAAUUAUUUAAUAAAACUCAAACUGCAGUUUUGCUUUAUCAGCCUCUCGGGAAAUAAGAAUCUACGAAAUUAGUGGCUUCAUAAUUUUUCGAUAAAGAAUUCUCGUCUUACGAAGGGUCAUGUAUGUAGUGCUCACUUCGAAAGGGGCACUCAAUCAUUCCAAAACGACGUGCCAGUUGUAUUUCUCGGCAGAAGUCUCUUCCAAAGGUGACAACAACCCGAGAAAGACCCCUUGUUGACCAGGAAGAGGAGACAAUAUUUGAAGAGAAUGAGGGACACGAGUCAAUUUGUGCAGAGGAGAACUGAGUCAGUAUUGUUAAUUCAGUUAACUAAAUUAGCCAAGACGCCCGAAAGUCAUCUCUCUCGUAGUUUUGUCACCCGAAACUAAAUUUAUUUCACCUGAGAAUUUGAGAUCAGGGUUACAGACUUUAAAUUGGCAAUAAAGUUGAGAAAUCUUUAUCACUCAAGUAGCGGUUUCUGUAUCUGACAACAAAUUCACCGUUGUUUGUUCUAUAGGACAUUAGAGAACCAAAGGUUGCACCGAGCGCAACCUUAAUAUCGCGUGAUCUAUGAAGACUUAAUAUGCCUCGAAAACGAUCAGUUUUCAUACGAAGUAGAAUUAAAUAAACAUAGAAUGCCUGUCAGAUUACGUUUAGCCUGCAGUGCAGGCGAUUUAUUAGGGCACACGAACGCCACAAGCUAGGCUAGAUUAUUGGCCGGGUCGCAUCAGAGGGAAUUAAGAUGUCUUCCAGUUUUUCGGAAGUCAAAGUUUGGAAAAAUUUUCGCAUCUUCCACAUUUUGGCUCAGUAUUUCCUUGACGAAAAUUAUGACUGCCAUCUUUGAUUUUAAUGGCAGCGGAAUGCUGAGGAGGGGGAGGAAUUUGUACCAAGGGUACAGUCGAAGAUUACGCCUGCCCCAGGUCAUUGUUGUUUGGCGAAAUUGUUGUUUGCGUCAGCAGAGAAUGUUUUCACUCAUCGGCUCUACAUGUGUAUGCUUUUGCCGGAAGACAGUGCUUCCUGUUUUUAAUUCAACUCAUUUUGAUUGGUUGCCUGCUCGUUUCCGGAAAUGCGGUGACGGUUGAAAUUUAACGUUUGGGUGUCAAGUCGUAUUUGUGUAGGAAAUAGCAUGGUUUCUGUGGAUUUUGGGAUAAACACUGAGAGUGAUAUUUCAAAUUCACCAAGGGGUAUAAGGGAAGAGUCGAAAUAUCACGAGCCCUGUCAAAAAAAUCAGCUUGCACUGAAAGAAGUUGACAAAGCCAUGCAAACGUGAAAAGCUAUCGAGAGCUUGCAUAGCUUUCUCAGAUUCUGCUAUUCCUCCCUCCCCCCUCGUGUUUGGUUGAGGCUUUUGUAAUACGGGAAAAGUCCUGUUAUGUUAACAUAUGAAACAUUUGGUAAAACCGUGAACAACAUAUGUAGUGAUUAAGUUCGAUUGUGCAGCUGACAUGGGAAAAUCUUAGAUCUUGGCAUAGCUGUAUUGGCCUUGCUACGUCUUGGUUGACAUCAUGCUGGUUAAUAUGUAGUCAACAAUUAAUGUUUCCAAUCGAAUAUCUUAAAUCUGAUUUUUUUUUUCAUAUACAGUUUUUCUCGUCGGAAACGAUGCCGCCCUUCCUAAGGGCUCUUGUACUUCCAUGGAGCUCUACUGCAAUACUCGUAAAUGCGGAACUGCUUUUAUUAAAACUUUGCAAAAAGAUCCAAAGGCAAAUUGUGGGUAAGCACAUUUGAAAAGUGAAGGUUCUUAAGGAUAUCUGUUGGGCUAAGAGUAGAAUUUUCCUCAUAGCCAGGUCGCAUUCGUUUCUGUAGUCUCUAUUGUUAAUUUUCUUUACUAGUCUCUUCUCCAUCUUUGCCUUCCUGAUUUCUUUUAGUAGGUUAUUGCCUUUUGCUAGUUUUUAUUUUAUCUUCAGCCGGUUUUUUUUUAUUUAUUUAUUUUUAUUUUUUUUAAUAGAAGCCAGUGUUCUGCCCCCCACAUAAAAUACAUCAAAACAUCGCAAUUAGGUUCGACUGAUGAUCUGAUGAUGGUUUUUGUCUUGUUCGUAUUACAGUGUGGAGGUUCAAACACUGAAAAAUUGUAUUGCCCGCGUGUGGAAAAUCUGUGUUAGAGUUCGAGAUUCAAAGGCAAAAUAUCAGGUCAUAAAAGGGCUAAUUGACAUUGAGCGGACCAUAACGGAAGAAGAGUUUUGUCCGGAUGGUUCUAUGGAAAUUCCUGACAUGUCGCCAACCGGUGGAUCGAUUUGUUCAGCAUCAUUUAGCAGUGAUGCAAACACUUGCCUUCGAUCUUUCCACCAAAAGUUUGCCGAGGACAAAUCAGAUCCCGCUCUUUGCUCGUGAGUUAACGACUGUGCAUUUUAAACCUUAUUAGAAGGGGGGAGGGGAAGGGAGGUUUGCGGACUAAAAGGGCUCGACACUCGUUCUUACAGCUUUACUACGCAUGCAGUUAUAAAGGUUCCCCCCCCUUCCCAUCCCUCUUACACAACUACGCCCUUGAACCUGCAUUUAUAAAUACUAAUCACAUAUUUAACUCUCUGGUGAUUAUGAUAACAGCGUCUACAUCAGCAUGCUCAGGGACUCAACAUAGAUACUCGGACGAGGCCCAGUGAAAACUUUCCUCUCUAUUAAGAAGCCAGCACAUCUAGUAGUAUGGCAUCACUGUACUCUUUAGAAGUCUUUAAUUUUUUUUUCGAUUUUUUGUUUGUUUGUUUGUUUGUUUUUGUUUUAUGUUUUUGUUUCAUUUAUUUUAUUAUUUUUUUUUUAUGAACGUUGUGAAUUUUGUAUUUUUCAGGGAACAUGCUAAAGCAAAGAGAUGUUUAAAGAACCUGAUCGAUUCUGAUUGCAACUUCCCCGCCCAAGGCAAGCAGCUGUUGGAAUUGGCUUACGGUGACUACAAUCCUUUCUGCGCAAACAAUCGGGACCCUGGGGCGACCGGAAAUGAUCAGUGCGAUGGCGUGCAGGAUAUAUCGAAAUAUCUCAGUGCAGCUGCUGGAAUCAAGUCCGGUGUACUGAAGACGCUGAUGCUUGCUUUCCUUUUGUUGCUCUUCUUUUUCAAAGUUUAAAAGGCUUUAGCCUUUAGUUUAUUUUGAUUCACAGAAGAUUUUCUAGACUUA